AUGCCACCACCCCAGCAAGCCACAUCCUCCACCAAAACACCAGCUUGUGACGAGCAGACGCAAAAAGAAAAGAAGCUGUCCACCCUCCGCGCAUCCAUCGCCAGUCUGCAAUCCCAAAUCACAGAAAUAGAGUCGCAAAUAGCACAGACCAAGGCCAAAUUGAAAAAUGACCCAUCUACGACGGUCAAACGGCACAUUCGUCUUCUCCAUGAGUACAACGAAAUCAAAGACAUUGCCCAGGGAUUGAUGGGGUUGAUUGCGGAUGCUCGUGGUGUACGGCAGGUGGACGUGCAGAGGGAGUAUGAAGUGGAUGAUGGGGAUUGA